UCAAAACAAAGCACAACAGAAGCGAGCCGGCACAGUAGCAGCUGUCUCACAAUGACUUCUGUCGCUUUUAGCUGACUUUUUUCUCCGUUUUAACAGAAACCUUGGUGUGUUUGGUGUUUUAGUCCCUCCACCAUGGCGGGUCCGCUGCUGGAGUUUGAGACGGAGAUGUUUCUCAAUCUGUUUGAGUGUGACGGUCUGCUGGUGGAGGCUGAAGGGAUGGGGAUAGACCGCAUCCUGCUGCAGUUCAUGCGGGUUUACUCUGAGCAGGGCAGCCUGGUCCUGCUGUUGAACACCACCACACCUGAACAGGAGUAUUUCACGGAGCAGUUGCGAGGGGAGGGUGUGACCCACCUGCCGAGGACGGUGACCAGCGACGUGCAUAGCGCUGAGAGAUACAACGUCUACACCGAGGGGGGGGUGCUGUUCGUCACCAGCAGGAUCCUGGUGGUUGACUUCCUCACUGACCGCAUCCCCGCUCAUCUCAUCUCAGGCAUCCUGGUGUAUCGUGCUCAUAAAAUCAUCGAGUCGUGUCAGGAGGCCUUCAUCCUCCGCCUGUUCAGACAGAAGAACAAGACAGGCUUCAUUAAAGCCUUCACUGACAAGGCCACGUCCUUCUCCUCCGGAUUCUGCCAGGUGGAGCGUGUGAUGAGGAACCUCUUCGUCAAGAAGCUCUACCUGUGGCCCAGGUUUCAAGCGUCAGUAAACACAGCGCUGGACAGACACAAGCCGGAGGUGGUGGAGCUCCAUGUGUCAUUGACUCCGGCCAUGAGGGCCAUCCAGAGCUCCAUCCUGGACAUCAUGAGCGCCUGUCUGAAGGAGCUGAAGCGAUACAACCCCAGCCUGGAGUCAGAGGACCUUUCCUUGGAGAACACGCUGGGAAACGCCUUCGAAAAGACAAUCCGUCACUAUCUGGACCCUCUGUGGCACCAGCUGGGAGCAAAGACCAAGGCUCUGGUCCAGGACCUGAAGGUGCUGAGGGUCCUGCUGCUCUACCUCACCCAGUACGACUGCGUCACCUUCCUGAACCUGCUCGAGUCUCUGCGUUCCAGCCAGAAGAACUUUGGAUCCAACUCAGGGUGGUUGUUCAUCGACUCCAGUACCUCCAUGUUUAUGAACGCCAGGGGACGAGUGUACCGCUUCCCAGAGAGCAAGAAGAAAGUCAAACUGGGAGUGGAGGCAGAGAAGCAGAAGUCCUCCUCAGAGGUGAAGCGGGAACUGGUGCUGGAGAAGAGCCCGAAGUGGGAGGCUCUGACCGAGGUUCUGCAGGAGAUUGAGAAGGAGAACAAGAGCGCUCAACAUGAACCAGGUCGGGUGCUGAUCUGUGCCAGUGAUGACCGGACCUGUGCCCAGCUGCAGCAGUACAUCCGGCAAGGCUCCGAGGCGUUGCUAAAUGGCCUCUACACCCGCACCAUGGGCAAACGGGACUCCGCUGCGGCCACUGCCCUCGACCUCGAUUACCACAAAAAGGGCAACAGCUGGAACAAAAAAGGAGCCAAAGGGAAAGAGCCGGCACAGAAAAAAACCACAAAGAGUAAAAAAAGACCGUCUCUGACUCUGACCCAGAUGGUGGGGAAGGACGGGGCGGAGGAAGCGGCGAUGAUGGGCAGCAGUGGAGACGAGGACAACAUGACGGAGGAGGACGAACAGAUGAAGCUUGAUUUGUCAUCCGAUGCGUACUAUGGAAUCCUGAAGGAGCCGCUGACUGUCCUCCACCCACUGAAGGGCCUCACUGACCCCCACAGCCUGACGCGGGUGCUGCACGAGGUGGAGCCCAGCUUCGUGGUGCUGUACGACGCCGAGAUCAGUUUCGUACGCCAGCUGGAGAUCUACAAAGCUAGCCGACCCGGGAAAACACUCAGGGUGUAUUUCCUCAUCUAUGGAGGAUCCACAGAGGAACAGAAGUACCUGACGGCGCUGUCCAAGGAGAAGAGAGCCUUCGAACACCUCAUCAGGGAAAAAGCUACUAUGGUGAUACCAGAGGAGAGGGAGGGGCGGGAAGACACCAACCUGGACCUCGCAAGAAAUUUAGAGCCUGCAAACGCCACUACCAACACCCAUAAAGCAGGAGGCCAGGAGCAGCCCAAAGAGCCGUCCCGAGUCAUCGUGGACAUGCGUGAGUUUCGCAGUGAGCUGCCCUCGUUGCUGCACCGCCGCGGGCUGGACAUCGAUCCCGUCACCCUAGAAGUAGGCGACUACAUCCUGACCCCGGACACGUGCGUCGAGCGGAAGAGCGUCAGUGAUCUGAUUGGCUCAUUACAGAGCGGCCGCCUCUACACCCAGUGUCUCUCCAUGACUCGCUACUACAAAAAACCUGUGCUGCUCAUUGAGUUCGACCCGGCCAAACCAUUUUCUCUCAUGGCCCGAUCCGAUUUCCGUCAUGAGAUAUCGUCCAAUGACAUUUCUUCAAAACUGACCUUACUCACUUUGCAUUUCCCCCGGCUCCGUAUACUCUGGUGCCCCUCCCCCCACGCCACCGCCGAGCUCUUCCAGGAUCUGAAACGAGGCUGCCUGGAGCCGGACGGUGCCGCUGCUCAGGCAGUCACAGGCGAAUCCGACAUGGUGGCCGAGUCAACUGACCUUUACAACCCCGGGCCGUAUGACUUCCUGUUGAAAAUGCCUGGAGUCAACAUGAAAAACUACAGGGCUCUUGUAAAAAACGCAGACAGCCUGGCAGAUUUAGCCAACCUCAGUCAGGAGAGGUUGGCAGAAAUACUGGAGAGCGCUAAAAACGCUAAGAUGCUGUUUGAGUUUCUGCAUAACGUCGCUAAUGUCCCUGCUCCUGUGCAGAAGGGCAAGCAGACAUGAUGGGCGUGGGAAUGUAAUUGCUCCAAAAGGGGUUAAUCAAAUGUGCUUUCUUCUUCUUCCAAGCAUCUAUCAGGUAUAUAAAUAUAGUGUUCCUGGUAUCAGGAGGACUAGUUUUCAAUGUAAACUUGGAUGAAAAUGGCACACCUUACAUGUGUACAGAAUGAGCCUGUCAUCAAAGAGUUAAAUAUUAUAUUAAUGUACAGAAUGAACUGAUUUAUUGCAGUAUUUAUUCUGUUGUAUUUUAUGAAUUACUUUUCUUACAUGUUUUUAAAAAACUUGACAAAAAGAAUAAAAUAUUUUAUAAUA